AUGACAUUGAAACUUUGGUUAGGCGUUCUUCUUGGAGUCGCUACGCUUGCUGGCAUCGCAGUCACCGUAGCCGUUUUAUUCGCCGUGUUAAAAUUAGCGGUUUUCCAAAGAAAAAGCCCUAUUUACGUUAUAUCAACUGCCAACAUGCUGUGCGAUUUGAUUCAGCUUCUGUUGGCAUUAUUCUACCUCGUGCCUUCGAUCAUAUCCGACAACUGGCUGCUCGAAGGAGGCCGGCAGAGCUUUGCAGUAGGAUUUCUCAGUUCAAUGUUCCUUUUCUGUUGGUAUUACAGUUCGAUUGCUCAGAUAUUGAUGGCUAUUAAUCGUGUGUUUCCCGGAGAAUCUAAUAUUUUCCUUGAAAAACGUCACAAUCUUCGUCAUCUCACUUUUUCCUGUGGCAAUAUUUAUGUCAUGGCUAUCCCAAUAUGCCAUACCUUGCUGCAGACCAGCACAUCUGAGAUGGUAAAAGCGAUAACAAAAUGGCACAAAAUAUUCACAUUCGAUCACGAAUUCCUCUACUCCUUAAUACGUCUCAUGUGGUGUGAUCCCACUAUACUAGAACACAUAUACGUGAACUUACCAUUGAACACAUUUUCGUCGGCGAUUUGCGCCAUCUGCUAUUCUUAUGUGAUUUUCUUUGUAUGGAAGAUGAAUCAUCUCUACAUAAAAGGAACGAUAGGGAGCGGAAGCCGGUUGAAGGAGUACAGAUAUGCGUUGCAAUUCUGUGCUAUCUCAGUAUUCUACCUAGCGGCAUGGGUGACGUUUCGACUAUUUCCUAUACUGAUAGGAACCGGCGGUGUCGAAUAUUUCAUCGUGAUUUCUCUGAGUGUGACCGUUAAUUCAUCUGCCAACGCCUUCGUUUACAUAACUUCUAAUCAGGAGGUUAAAUCAGUACUGUUUUCGACGAAUCUCAGCAUAGUACAUCAUGCAAGCAACCAUUCCCGGGGUAACGCUGAAGCCAUCCCAAGAUUUACACAAUUCCGUCGUCAAGACGUACAGGCGGCGUCUUAA